GGUUUCUUUCCACCGCGCCUGUGAUUGUGUUGCUCUCAGGCGGAAUGUGCCUCAGCAGUCCGGCUGAUUAUGGAAAUGUUACGCUUUUGAACCUUCCUGCUAAAUUUAAUGCACUGGUUUUGGUUUUUUGUUUUGGUUUUUUCCAAAGAAGAAUUUUUGCGAGUCGUUUGGACCUCCUUGGCCACUCCAGACAGCAUGGACCUUGGAUCACAGUUUUUCUGGGCCAGCAUCCUGUUACAAGCAUUUGUUCUCCCGAGCUGCCUCUGUGUUUCGGUUCGUUUCCCGAGCCAGCAGACCGUCUAUGUGGUGAGCGGGCAGAAUUUGGUCCUGCAGGCUGAGUUCGAGUUGCCUCAGGGAGAUCACAUCACCAAGGUCACAUGGGAGCACGAAGUUGAGGGAAGAAGAAAUUCUGGAAAAACUACAGUGGCUGAAUAUCCUGCUAAAAGCUCCGGAGGCCGGGUGACUGUAGACAAGGGCGGGUCUGUGAUGACGUUACGGAACUACCAGAGAACGGACAACGGCGUGUACACGGUCACCGUCCGAGACCAGAAAGGAGGUCAAAGUUCAGCACACUGCACUGUCCACGAGUACGAGGCCGUGCACCACGUGUCAGUGAUGGUGAACGUGUCGCACUCCAGCCUGCACUGCAUGGAGGCCUGGGGGACGGAGCCUGUCUUCCGUUGGCUCCAUGAGAAAGCCGCAGUGACGGAGGCAGUGGGCCGUGUGUCAGCCGAUGGCACCUCUCUGUACCUGAACACAGCGCUGUGUGGCCACUUCACCUGCAUGGUGAGCAACAAGCUGGGCCACAGCUCGGCCACCUACACCGCAGUGCCCUGUGAGAGAGAGAGCAGAGGUACUGCUGUAGCUGUUGUUUGUCUCAUGUUCUUGCUACUCUUGGCUGGAGGUUUGGCCUUCCUGCUCUGGAGGAAACGCAUUAGUUACAGCAGCAGAGGAGAGAGACUCCGAGAACCAGACGAAGACAUUUAACCUCCACUUGAGUCUUCGUGUCCGACUGAACCAAAAUGGAAGAGACAUGAACUUAGACUCUGAGGGAUCAGUCGCCUCUUUUCCAAGCACUCCAACCAUUAAGAAACAUUUCAAACAUUCUACAGGGGUUUCACUGGCUUUUAGUCACAGUUGAACAAGUGAAGUGAAGUGAAGUUCUCUUUUUAAAGGACCUUGACGAAGAAAAGAAAGCUGACGGUUGAGCAACUGUUUGAAGCUUUGAAAAAAGGAACAUGUACAGCUUACUUUAUUUCCUGUGGGUUAUACUGUUUGUUUUCCAGACCUGUUUGCAUUUCAUUUUAAAUACUUCAAAAUAAAUAAAUAAAUACGAUUCCAAAAUAUAAAUAAAUAAUAAAUAAAUAAAUGUAUAAACUGUAUACAUACACAUUACUGUACAAUAAAAAGAUAAUUUUAAGGUAUUUCAAAGUACAUGUUGUGUAACGUGUCUAAGAAUGAAUAUAGAUAGAGAGAUAGAUAGAUGAUGGGUUAGAGUAGUGCAUAAAGGUUUUUAGAAAAACAGGAUGUUGCAGUGAUGCAGU